AUCGGUUGACACACGAAGUAAAGCCAAGAUGAUGAAGUUGUUGGUUGUCGUUCUGUUAGUGGUCGUAGCUGUUUAUGCCCAGGACACUGCUGCUCCAACCCAUCAAACCAAACAUCCACACACCAAACACCCACACACCCAGCAUCCACACACACAACACGCUCACACACAUCCUCCACACACCACACACCACAACGGUGGCCACAAUAUGAUUAAAACUUCAUUUACUCUUGUCGAUACCGAUAAAGAUGGUAUGCUCUCCUUGAAAGAAAUGGAUGCUGCAUUUUUAUCUGCUGAUACCGACAAGGAUGGUCAUCUGUCUAUGGCUGAAUACCAGGCUGUUCACAGCACUGAAAACCCUGCUUUAGUUCAGGCUAUGUACAAAUAUUUUGAUGUUAAUGAUAAUGGUAAAUUAGACAAAUCAGAUGUGAAAAUCGCCUUCCAUCAUUUUGAUGUUGACAGUGAUUCCCACGUUUCUUUACAUGAAUUUACUGUAGAAUAUACUGCUAUACACAAAUUAUUGGUGCAAGCUUCCCAUCAUACCAGCAAACCAAUUAUUGGUUAAACCACAAACCCUUUCUGCUUAUUACCUUCAAUAAAAUAUGUCUGGUUAUAUUGUU